AUGUCGACACCGCUAUUCGCUCGCAGAAGCACCCGUGGGGUUAUUACGCAGCAGACAGAUUCUACCCCACCGGCGGCAGCUAAUAAUAAUAAUAAUGAUACUGAUGAUAGCUUGACGGACAGCAGCGACAGCGACAACAACAACAGUAACAGCAAUAAGAAGAAUAAUAAAAACAACAAACUCCGUGAAGCCCUCGACGACGGCGUCCUAACCAUCAGGAAGAACUACCAGGAAUUCUGCGUCUUUCUGGACAUCAAGAAGGAGCUCCGAAGCGAGUUUCUCUCCUCGCUGUGGAACCAUGUCGCCCAGGGCGAGUACGAGUGGGAAACGCUCGCGUCCGAUCUCCCGGAACGGCGCGAAUGCGCGACGUCGUUCAUCACCAAGGUCGGCGUCAAGUAUUGGGGGACGGAGGAGAAUCGUCGACGGUGUUUGAUGCCGGAUAGCUUCGAUUCUCCCGAGUUGAUGUUUACGUAUCCGGAGAGGAAACAUGAGCUUAUCCGGGUUAUCAUGAUCCUUUUGGAGAAGAAGGCCAAAAUCGAAGUAAAUAAUAAUUCUCAGCCCCGUAAACGUCCUCUGAAGGCUGCAUCACCAAAGAAUGGUUUCUCACCUUCUUUGUCGGAAUCUCCCUGUCCCCCGAAGCAGAAAAGGAAACGCAGAAGUGGUGCAGGCCACAGAAGCAGCGCCGUCUAUACCGACUCGGACUUCAAUGUUUCCGAUUCUGAUUUUGGCCUGAAUGACUCCAAGGCAACAGUCGAGGUGGUCGUCACCUCCUCCCCCAAGAAAGGCAAUUCUGCUGCUUCUUCUCCCGCGGGGAAACUUACCUCUACGUCCCAGUCAAAGACGAAGAAACAAAACGUGAGCAAGAACAACACAGGCGGCGAGAAGCCAGUGGAUCACGACAACAACAAGUCCCUUCUGCGAAACGGCGUGUCACUCGAUGACGAAUUCGCUCAUCUCGAGGAAAAAUUCGGGAUGUAUACUCGAUACCUCGUCAAGGCUACCGACCAAGAGGGCAUGGCUCCCGUAUUCGUGCCAUUUAAGCGUUUCGACACCGUGUCCAGCUUCCUGGAGACGAUGGAGGAAGAGACCCGUCUGCAGGAGUGGAACCCCAGUACGCAGCUGGACGUCGAACUCCGUCGCCAGAUGUGUACCGACGACUCUCCAGUGGAUGCCAGGAUUUAUCAUGUGCUGGCCGCCUCUGUCAGAUUUGAAUGGUCAAACUUCGAGAUCCGCCUGCGUCCUGGCCGUGACAACGAUCUACGCGAGAUGACAGAUGAGCUGCAUCGGUCGUGGCUGAAGGUGGAGCAGAGUACGAACUCGGAGGAAGGCGUUGAUGAGGCUGACGGCGGUGACCCCUUCAAGAAUCGAUAUACCACCUUUUUCAAGAUCCAUGUCAUGCUCCAUGUCUCGUCACUCCAGUAA